AGUCAAACACACGGCGGGUUCGGGAAGAGCCCCCGAAGCUCCCGAGCCCUUUUUGCAACCCCACCCUGAUUCGCGCUCAAACGCCAACUGCCACCGCGUGCGCACGUGAGCGCGCCGAUCGCCCUACCUCCCUUCUCACUUUCUCUCUCUCCUCGCCCCUCCUCCCCCACAUUCCCCGAGCCUUCGCUUCCGGCCGUCAAGUUGGUACGAACGGGGGUGUGUGUAUGUGUGCGAGCGAGUCCAGCGAGGAAGAGGGGACGUUUUAUUAUUGUUUUCGCUCUAAAAUAAUCGAAAAAGGAGGAGGCGGUGGCGGUGAACAGUUGGAGCGAGAAGGGAGGAGGAAGCAAAAAAGAAUUUGACGGAUAGAAGGAUUAUGUGGGAAAAAAUAUAACCCGUAAGCGGGUCUUCGUUUUUCUUCCGCCUCCGUUUCUGUUUUUCAUUCUUUCCCUUCAUGUCGGCGUUUCUGUGAGGAGAAAGUCAUUCCUUCCUCUUGUCCCCCUCCCUUCCUCCCCACCGACCCCCUUCGGCCAGCCCCCCUCUACAAAAUACCUCAGGCUUCAUGACUCUCGACUCUAUCAUGGCGUGCUGCCUUAGCGAAGAGGCGAAAGAAUCCAAGAGAAUCAACGCCGAGAUAGAGAGGCAGCUGCGACGGGACAAGCGGGAUGCGCGCAGGGAGCUGAAGCUGCUGCUUCUGGGUACGGGAGAAAGUGGCAAGAGCACAUUCAUCAAGCAGAUGCGGAUCAUUCAUGGAAGUGGAUAUUCAGAUGAAGACAAACGAGGUUUUACUAAGCUGGUCUACCAAAAUAUAUUCACUGCCAUGCAGUCGAUGAUCAGAGCCAUGGAAACGCUUAAAAUCCAGUACAAACAUGAGCAAAACAAGGUCAAUGCACAAUUGAUUCGAGAGGUUGAUGUAGAGAAAGUAGCAUCAUUUGGUAGUCCAUAUGUAAGUGCAAUAAAGACUCUGUGGAAUGAUCCAGGAAUACAAGAGUGCUAUGACCGAAGGCGAGAAUAUCAAUUGUCAGACUCUGCUAAAUAUUACCUUAGUGAUUUGGAUCGUAUAUCUGAUCCUGCCUAUCUCCCAACCCAACAGGAUGUUCUUAGAGUUCGAAUACCAACAACAGGGAUCAUUGAAUAUCCCUUUGAUUUGCAAAGCAUCAUAUUCAGAAUGGUGGAUGUUGGAGGUCAGAGGUCAGAAAGAAGGAAAUGGAUACAUUGCUUUGAAAAUGUGACAUCAAUUAUGUUUUUAGUGGCACUUAGUGAAUACGAUCAGGUUCUAGUAGAAUCUGAUAAUGAGAAUCGAAUGGAGGAGAGCAAAGCUCUAUUUAGGACGAUAAUCACGUAUCCCUGGUUUCAAAACUCUUCAGUCAUUCUGUUUCUUAAUAAGAAAGAUCUUCUGGAAGAAAAAAUAAUGUACUCCCAUUUGGUUGACUACUUUCCAGAGUUCGAUGGUCCACAAAGAGAUGCACAAGCUGCCAGAGAAUUCAUUCUGAAGAUGUUUGUUGAUCUGAAUCCAGAUAGUGAUAAAAUCAUCUAUUCUCACUUCACAUGUGCCACAGAUACGGAGAACAUACGUUUCGUUUUUGCUGCCGUCAAAGAUACAAUUCUACAACUGAAUCUGAAGGAGUACAACUUGGUCUGACCUGACCAAAGCAGUAAAGAAUGGAAAUAAGAAAUUUUAAACCAUAAUGAUCGCAAUUGUUAUGAUCUGUGAAGUUUGCAAACUGCUAAUUGUCAUCCUGGAUACUUGUCUUUGUGCGUCCACGGAGUUGUAGCUUCUUUAAAAAAAAAUACAAAUUGUUUUAUUCAACAGUGCAGGGUGGGGAGGGACAGGGGACACAACAUUUUUAAUGUGCAUCUUUUUUGGUGCCAAUCUACAUUUCCAUUUUUUCAAAUAUCACUUAAUAACUAGCUGUAUAACAGAUAGUUGGCUUAAGCUACAAUCUCUUUAAUGCUUGUUCAAACAAAAAAAUAGCAAGUGUUCUUCCACUUGCCAAAUCAAAAUGCAAUGCCACUCCCUCUUCAUGCUCUUUUGGUUAUGCUGGCCUUCUGCUGUCUGAUCACAGAUAUACUCUGUGGUGCGAAGUGGUGAUGUUUCAGAACUCUGUCUAACAGAAACAAGGGCAUCACUUGCUUAAUUGAUGUACUGUUUCUGGUUUGUUUGUUUUUUCCUGAUCAAUGAGAAAGUAUUGAUACUGUGAUUUAUUUUUUUGAUUUUUUAAAAUAAAUUAUUGAUGUUAUACAUAUAGUUUGCUACUUGCUGUACUUCAGCCAUGGACUACAAAGAUGGGAGCUCACUAAGCAAUUUCAUCUUGAGCAAAUAUCAUGGGGAAAACUGGGGGUGGUGGGGGAAAUUUGCUCAAGUACUUAGAAACCUGAGAUGUGGAAAUAAUGAUUACUUGGCAAAUAAAUGAAGCCAAAUCUAGUAUAAAGAAAUAAGUGUAUUUAUCUAAUUUAUGGACCAGUAUAUCUAGGCUUGAUUUCAGGUUAGAAUGUUUCUGUAUUAAUUGGUUUACAGAUGCUCACCUGUUGCCAAACUUCGAUUUUUUUUUAAACUGCUGUACACUACAGUAGCAGGUUAUGGAAUUUUUUUUAGGAUGACUUGCUAAACUAAAGUAAGUUGACAGUUUAUGCUAAUUAUAGCUAGAUGAGGGUUUUUGACCUUGAAAGUUUUUAAUAGAAGGAUAGUUUUAUGCAGUCAGGUACUUUUUACAGAAUCUUUUUUUUUAAUAGGUAUAUCAGGCUUUGAAAAGAAAACCUCUGUUUUAUAGGAAUGCAGGUGCCAAGACAGUUGCACUACACAGCUCUUAAUUUGUGAUUUCUCUGUACAAAAGUGAAAGGAUGGCUUUUAUAAAUGCUGCACAGUGCCAUAACUAUAAUGUACCUUACAUUUUUAAGUUCUGACCUCACCAAACGAAUAUCAAGACUGCUUUGUAAUAGUAAUAAUUGUCAGUAGUCCUGAUAUAAAUGCUACAUCUCACAGUGGUGAUUUGGUACAGGCCAUCUCCGGGUUAUGAGUGCCCAAAUUAUAGACACCCCUAUAUAUGAGCUCCCAUAAUACUAAAUUCAAUAGUCCAAUGUGCAUGCAUACAUUUGUUCCUAUGAACAGCAGAAUUAGUUUCCCCUCUCACCACUUUCAGUAAUUGUUUCUUACCAGUGUUUAGUGCUUUUGAUGCUAUUCAUUACAAUACUGCAGAGGUGUGGUUACAAAAUUGAUGAGUUUUGUGUAUUUCCUGAUUUGUGGGCAAAAUUGACUAAAGGGCAUCUGUAAAAAUGUAUCCCGUUUGUUACUCGGGGACGGCCUGUAUAGCAGAAUAUGGCAUGUUCAGAAGUGUGUGCGCUUUUUAAAUUCCUUAUGCAGCUGAAAAUGUAUUUUUCCUGCAUUCAAACUAUUUUGCUGCUCCCUACUCAAUGAUAGUAUAGUUGGUAAGUUUAAGUAAGCCUCUGACUUGUAGUUCUCGCUGUCACCAUAGGAAGUGCCCUAUCAUUUGCUCUGAGUUUUGGCAGCGAUAGGGCACCAGAUUCAACAUUGUGGUGAAUGAUAUAUAUGUAUCUUUUCGCACUAAACAACUGGGAUAGAAUGAAUUAGAGCAGCAAAGGCAUAACAUUUUGCAUUUUAUUGUUCAAUUAUAAUCCAAGAAAUGCUUUCUCAAGUAUUGCGGUCGGUUCAGAAGUAUAGCUGUAGAUAAUAGGCUUUGUUGUAUUUUUUAAUGGAAUGCAGAUUGAUGAUUCAGAGUUAAAUAAAUCUGUUGUUAUUUCAAACAUGGCCGAAAGUGUAAUUUGAUAAGCAGUGAUAUAAUGGAAUGAGUCAUCGUGAGAAUGCCAUUGUAACUACAGAAUAGUUUAUUCAUAUUAAGUUAGGUUAAAACAGUGCAGGCUAAAAAUUUUGAUUGACAGAAAUAUAUUGUAACGGGUGGCAGGCAGUGUAGAUCUGUGUUACACUUUUUUCAUUUUUUAAAAAAGUAAUCUUUGAUCUGAGUAUUAAAAUUAUCUGGAAUUAUAAUAGUGCUAUUUUUGGUGAAAUUUUAAAUUUUUCUGCAGUUGCAUCAAAUUUAAAUUUAAAGCUCCUUCCAAAACGUUUCUCUUAAAAUAAAUAUACCAUAUCAGAAUAAAGAGAAUAAAAAGAGCACCAUCAAAUUAACCUCUCUAUGCACAUACCUCUUCUGUUUCUACCAUUGGAAUGCUUUGGGAUUUUAAGUACCACAGAGUUCAAUUUUGGAGCUAGUAGAUGUGAAGUAAUACAUGCAAGUAUCAUUUGACUUUAUUUAAAACACUUUGAAUGUCAGGUUAGAUUGAAAGAGAAAUGUGAUUAUUUUUACAAAGUUCUUUCUUUUUCUCCCCUCCCUGGUCAGCUUAAAUUGCUGUUUAAAACAGUCAAGUGUUCUCUACACUACAGACCAUUAUCAAACAUUUUAAUUGCCUACAAAAGUUUCAUGUUUAUAUUCAGUGCCAUUUUUAACACGCAAUAUAAUUAUUACAACAUAAGGUUUCCUUGUUUACAUAAAAUCUCUUGGACAUUUUGACAGUACUAGACAAUGUCAGGGGGAGCAGGUACAGUGGGUGGGGGAGAUAAUUUUGGAUACAAAAUGGUGAAAGAAUUGUGCAUUUUAACAUUGUGCAGCAGGAAGAAAUCUGGGCAGUGAAGUAUAGAGUGCCUUACUGAAUCCUGAAGUAAGCCUAUAAUAUGUAUACUUCAGAUUUAUUACAUAAGAUUAGAACAAAGGUUUUUCUCCUUUAAACAUUUUCCUGUCCCUCUUGUAUUUAACCAUUAAAAAAAUCUAAUAAGUGAAAAAGACAUGUAAUUCAGGAGUGGAAUUAUAUUGUUAUAAUCUUUGCAGAAAAGUGGGAAUGUUAUGAUAGAGAUCAAGGGAAAAUUGGGUUUGCAGAAUGAAGAUUCAAUACUUGGUGUGUUAGCCCAACUUUGACUAAUAUAUAAUUUUUAUUAAGAGAGCUUCUUUCACCCCAUAAUAUUCUUUAUUAAUAAUAACUCCCAUACCUUUCCUAAUCAGAAGGAAUGAUUUAAUUAUCCCAAAAUGAAUAGCAUCUUUGUAUAAUGAAUAGUGUUCAUUUAUCUUAGUCUGAAUGGUAUUGGACAAAUUAGAAUAUACCGUAGAAUGCAACUCUUCAUUAUUUACAUUGAAUCUCUGCAGCAGAUUAUAAUGCUAUUGAACUUUUCAAUUUCUAAUAUUUCAGGAAGGAUGCAAUUUUUGCAUAAUUAAAUUUUUUUGAAAAGAGAAUUAGCAGAAUUCUGGAACUGAACUUUGUGUGCAUGCAGUUAUAAAACAUAACACUUUAUUUUGAGCUCUGUGGAUAGAUGUCAUUAUUAUGAAAUGUUGCAAUUUUUAAAUAACACUAAGUAAUUUUAUGAUUUGGAUAGCUGGUGAUCCUUUAGUUCAGAAUGUUGAACCAGUGUCUCUCAAGUCCCUAAGUAAGGAAAAACUGACUUUUAAAUAGUUUGUUUACAUUUAUAGUGGAUUUGAUGGUUGUAGGACAUGUAGCUUUUGAACAUGUUACUCAAGUUAAGAUUAAUAAAUUGAAGAUUGUAAAUGUUAUAUCGCAGUGGAAAUUCAAGUCUAUAAUUUUCAAAUAUAACCAAAAGAUUUUUUCACUUCUAACAUUCAACAAUGUAUAGCUUGUUUUGAUUUUAAAGCCAACCAGCCUAUGUAAAUAAAAUUUUGUUUCACUUUACACCCUUUACCAUCCAAAUUUUCCAAAGAAGAAGCUACUUCUCUUUGGAUCCAAAUGUUUAUUACUAAAAACACUACAUAAAGCAUAGAGCGAUAUAUUAUUGGCCCUGGGUUUUGUGCAGUUUUGAGUUUUAUGUAUAACUUGUACACUUCAUGUUGAGAAUUUGGACCCAUACAAGGAAAGGUUACGUCGAUUCUAAUUAAUACUUUUUGCACAUUUACUUUUGUGAAUAUGGGUCUCAGUGUGAUGUGAAACAAUUUACCAAUUUGAGGAUGGUAGUUUUUUUUAACUUUAACCCAGAUUUGCAAAAGAAAUUGUAUAAAAUGUAUGUAGCAUAUGCUUGCAUAUUAUAGGGGAGUAACAAUGGGAAAUGCCUCUGUGGUGUAUUUAAACCAAGGGACCAAACUUUGGUCACAGAUCUUUCAGUUUAUUCCCUGAGGCAGCCUAACAAGUUUUUGUAGUAGUGGCAUAUUUGCAAUUGCAUUUUAAUCUUUCUAGUUAUCCGCUUUACAGUUUUGAAUGGUAUUGGCUUUUUUUCCCCACAUUCUUUUCAUUAUCUCAAGCUUCUGUGUUUGAUGGUAUUCAGCAGAUAUUUGGGGAUCCAAGUGAGAAAUAGGGGUUUGAGUGAUCACAAUAUCGUUAAUUUAUCAUGUCUGAUUACUUUUCCAUAUUUGAAAGCCUAUAUCAAUCAGUGAAGGAAAUAUUUAGUGCUGUUUGCAAAAGAAUGAUAAUAAAUAGAUUAUCUUUAAAAAUUGGGACUGGAGAUAAACUUUGUAAGUAGUCAUCUGCCACAGAAACAGGCGCUACACCCAUUAUGUUGGCACGAACUAUCAAGCUUUUUAUGCUACACUUACUGUAUUCUCUUUACAUUUCUAUCAAUACCCCUCAAGUUCUACCACUAACCUACACAGAGCUAUUUAUAGUGACCCAUUAACCUAUCAACCUGCUCGUGUUUUGAAUGUGGGAGGAGACGGAAUCAUUUGGAAGAAGUCCAUAGGUCGGAGGGAGAAUGCAAAAUCCACAGAGGUAACACCAGGGAUCUAGAUUGAGCCAGGUCACUGAGCUGUGGGACAAUUAAAUUUGAAAGUAUUUAUUACUGCAAUGAAUUCUGCAAUACAAGUUUUGAUUUUAAUCUGAUUCAUUGUAAGUUAUCAGACUAGUUUUUUUGGGAGGAAAUUGUGACAAAGGAGGGCCACUUAAAUGAAGGGGGCAGUUUAUAAUUAUUUCACUGUUAUUUUGCUAUUGUUUUUAUAUUUUUUAUACCUAUCUUGUCAGAUUAUUAAUGAAGUCAUCGCAAAAACUAAUUUUAAAUUACUAAAGUGUCAUGUUGACAUUACAGAAAUGAAAGGAUAUUAGGUUGUUGCAGGAAACUAGAAACUAGGAUUGAGAUGAACGUUGGCAGCCAUGAUCUUAUUGAAUAGUUGAAUAGAUAUGAGGGGUCAAAUGGCCCAUUCCUAGUUUUUCUUCUGUUCUAAAUAAUAACUGCUAGGAAAUUUCUUUGGUUUGAUUACCUACGGAAGUUCUUAAAAUAGAAAGUGCGGAAAUAACAUCGCACAGAAGCUUUCAUAAUAUAAAAUGCUGGAGGAACUCAGCAGUUCAGCAUCUGCAGAUUUUCUCAUUUGAGCUUUUAUAACGUUUCAGCUGAAAUAUUAAAUCUGGGAUCUUCUCCACAGAUAUUGCUUGACCUGAGUAUUUGCAGCACUUUCUAUUUUCAUUAUAGAAUUCUACCAUCUGCAGUACUUGUUUUUGCUUUCAGAAGCUCUCAUGACACCUGCCGUUCUGCCCCCUACCACAUUGGCCAUUCCUACACAAAUAAUAAUUCAGUGAAUAUUAAAUCAGUUUCCAUGUUUAAUUUUGUUACAUGAAGAUGCAAUUACAAAUUUUAAAUAAUAUUUCAGUGACUCAUGGUGUGUAUGAGAUGAGAAUAUUUAUACUGUAACAUUUGCUCUGUGGAAAGUUAUUCAUAAAUGCUUUGGUAUUAGAAUAUUAGGUGGUAACCUGUACCUGGAGGUCUUUGUUUCCCUUAUUUUCCAUGCUCUUUGGCAGGUCUAACAACUUUACUGGCAGAAGCAAAGUAAAAUUUGAGUUAAAGUGUACAUAUACUAUGCCCAUUGAGAAGAAUAGUACCUGCGCUCUUGCCUAGAGAAGGUACAGGAGAGAAAGUAAACUAUCACAAUAAGCAAUUUCACUGUUUCUGCUCACUUACUAAUUAUCAAAUUUCCAUCCUUGUGGAUCCUUGCACUUCAACAUUGACUUCUCUGUAUUCGUGAAAUUUCUGGCUAGAUGGGAUGUAGCAUUGGUUUCUGAUUAACAAUAAUUGUUGCUACUUGUAGUCCCAGCUAUCCUGGCAUUCACAGUGAUUAAGGAUGUUCUGUUGAAGUAAAAUGUUUUAAUAUUUUUGAGGCCUUUUGUUGUACUGCAAAUACUAUCACAACCUGUUACUAAGUAUAUUUUCUCAGUGUUGGAAAGAAAAACGCAAUGUGAUCAUUACAACAUUCCAGUAGGUAUGCAAGUUGAAGUAUGCUGAGGGUGGAUUAAAUCUGAAAUGCUGCUGAAUAACUACUGUUUUAGGCACUGUGUUUGAGAGAGGAAGGCAUAUGCAUCAUCUAACACUGUUUUAUCUGGCUGCAUAUCCCUGCACCAUGAAGUUAAAAUGUUAACAAUUGCUUAUCAUUUUUGUUUGGUUGGUAAAGGGAGCAGCUAGAGGAGACUGUAAUGUUCUCUUUCUGGCAGCUUUUAAUGGUGAAGGCAACUCUUGCAGAGCCAUAAAAUAACAUAUUAAAGUUUUAAAACUGAUAAUAUGUUCAUUCAUCAGUAGGGUAAUUAGAAGAUUAAAAAUUUCCAUUGCUAGUAUAUUGUUAGAUAAACAGAUUUAAAAACCCAAUGAUGUACAGAUUUUAUAGGGUUGGGAGACUAUGUAAGCAACAAUCUCACUUUGCUUCAACACAGCAAAUCAUACAAAGCUGUCCAUCCAAUAAUCAAGGUACUCAAAGCUCCAUGUGGAAAAAUAAGCCUGUUCAGUUUGGGGGGGUGGGGGGAAUUGCAGUUUGAGCUGAAAAGUCAUCUUUAGCUUCAGUAAGGUUGUGUGUAGAAUGAAUAUUAUACCUCCUGUAGAUGUCCUGCCUUCAUGCAAAGUAACUGUUCUGUCAUAGGUUUGGGAUGUUAACAUUUUAUUAUUCAUUUGGUGGGAUAUACAAACUUCAUAUUUUGUUGUGUAUUUCUAUGCUUGUAACUUUUUGAAGAAAAUUGAAGCAUGGCAGCCAUCAGCAGUGGUGUAUUGAACUAAAAUAUGUAUUACUGAUCUUUCACAGAAUUUUUUUUAAGUAAACCAAAUGUAAAUUAUGUAGAAUAAUGAAUUGAAGUGUGCCAAGUCCCUUCUUUGUAGUGCCAGACUCUCCAAGUGCCAAUGUGGUGGAAAUUUAGGUUGGACUUGUAUAUUAGGUCCUGUUAAAAGGAAACUUUAAACUAUUUAAGAGCUAUAACUGCUGUUUUUAAAUUGUCAUUUUAAUGCAUGUAUUGAUGUUUGGGGAGGGACAUAGUUUUUGAAAAAUAAAAAAAAAUCUUGUAUAAUUCACCCAAGAAGGGUCUUACUGGUUAUUAAUACAGUAUUUUUCGGCCAUAAUUUUGUAAUAGUUUCAUUUGACCUCUGUAGCUUGACCCUCAUGGAAACAUGAACUUGAUUUUCAUAUCCUUAUCCUGAAAUCUGUUUUAAAUUGGAAUAAAUUUUG